AUACCUCAUGGCCUCCUGCUAGCAUCACAAACGAGCACACCUCGGAUAACUCCUCCAGAUGCCCCACCAAGUGUGUCCGCCUCUGUAUCUCCCACAAGGACGUCUAAGCCAGUGUCUCCUAGGAGACAUUCAAUUUCAUUUUCUACCUCAAGAGGCAUGUUUGAUGAUAGGUCAUCAAUGUCAAGCACCGAUUCCGGAUCACAGGCUGGUCGCACUCGGGUUGAUGGAAGCCGCUUGUCGUAUGAGCAGUUCGGUGCAUUCGUAACAAAUGUUAAAGAACUAAACUCCCACAAACGAACGAGAGAAGAGACUCUAAGGAAAGCAGAGGAGAUUUUCGGCCCGGAUAACAGAGAUCUGUAUGCAAUAUUUGAUGGUUUGAUCAAUCGCAAUGUCCAUUAAAUCAGCCUAGCAAUCAUCGGUUUUUCCACUUUGUGAC